UCUUUUUCCGGUUUCUUUCUUUUUGUACCCUUAGUUAAGUAUAAAAUCUGCGUGCAUGCUCUGUGCGUCAGCAUCCUAGUGCGCUGCCAGGCACAACUAUAUCUGAUUCCGCGGUGAGAAUGAUGCAGGUCGCGUUGCUUACUUUAUUUUUGUGUUUUGUGAACGGAAUUUCUAACCAGAAGACCAUCCCGGACUCAUCGGUAACGGGUGUUUUGAAGGGCCAUGUAGCUCGAGGACAUACAACACUCAACGAAAUGUUCCGUGAAGUCGAGAUGUUGAUGGAGGACACGCAGCAUAUAUUGGAGGAGGCUGUGGACCAGAUAGUCAACGAGAGUGCCAAAUCACUGCUAAAAGUACAAAAUGUGCUUCCGAACAACCAUAACAGCACCUCUGGGGAGGAUAGAAACCACACGGUUCACAUAGUGGAGAGGCUUGACAAGGAAACAGACAAAAAAACCGGGGAGACUCACUUCCAUACACAAAUCGAGAUCAAUGGCCAAUGGAACGAAAUUGAUCAUGAGUGCAUGAUUGAUGAAGACUGUGGUGAGGGCAGCUACUGCCUAUAUGAGAUAGUAAGCUCCAGAUGCCUAGCCUGCAAAGCUGUUGAUAUGACCUGCACUAAGGAUGAAGAGUGUUGCUCAGACCAAAUGUGUGUGUGGGGACAGUGCACUAUGAACGCCACCAGAGGAGAUGAGGGCAGCAUCUGUCAGUACCAGAGUGACUGUAAGCCAACGCAUUGCUGUGCCUUCCUCAAAGAGCUGCUCUUCCCAGUGUGCCAGCCCAGGCCGGAGAAGGGAGAAUUGUGCAUUAGCCACCCUAACCUGCUUAUGGACAUGCUAUCCUGGGACCUCGAGGGCCCAAGGGAAAACUGCCCCUGUGCUAUUGGGCUCCACUGCCAAUCCAAUGGGCGCAGACCACUGUGUGUGACCUAGAAGACAACCAGACAAAGUGAAGAGGCUGACACUUUAAGAACUUGUUUGUUUCAUGAAAACCAGUGAUUGUGCUCUGGUAUUCAUCUGGCAGUCAUGCUGGACAGACAAUAGCCCAACCAAAUGACAGAUGUGUUCUCAGUUGCAUUAACUAACCAAACGAAGCACUCAUGAUGUAAUUGAAAUAAACAUGGCGACAAUUGUA